AUGGAUUUGUCAGGAUGCGUGGACGACGUUUCCUUUGGCCCUACAGUCAAAGGUUGCCGCGGAAACUUCGACUUUACUCUGAAGUUUGAGAAAAUAAUUCUCUCGAUACUGCCAUCCGCUUUAUUUAUUGCAUUAUCAGUUCCUAGAGGCAUUUACCUCGCUCGAAGACCGGUAACAGUGCGCGGCGCAACAUUUCGAUUUACUAAGCUUGCAGCAACAGUAAUUUACGCAGUCUUGCGCCUUGUUCUCCUUAUUAUCAGCAGCAUUGAACCAUCCAAACUGCGUGACUUGUCCAUUACAGCCGACGUGCUUAGCUUUCUCACGGCAAUAAGUAUAUCUGUCCUGAGUUCCUUAGAGCAUUCUCGCUCGCCCCGGCCCUCUAUCUUGCUUAGCGCAUUUCUCUCCCUGACUGUCCUCUUUGAUAUUGCACAAGUGCGAUCUCUCUGGCUGCUGGCUCGGAGCUACAACGAGUUUACCUAUGUGAAACUCUUCACUGCGGCCAUCGCCUGGAAGGCUGUUCUAGUCUUAUUACAAUCACUGCACCACCAGGGAUCGCUAAUAUGGGACCGGAAAACACAUAGCCCCGAAGAAACCACCGGAUUGUAUGGACUAGCCAGCUUCUUCUGGCUCACUCCUCUCUUCUUGUCAGGAUACAAAAAAGUUCUGAGCUUAUCAGAUCUAUUUCCACUUGACAAGAGUGUGUCUGUGGAAGCCCUCAAAGCAUCUUUGUAUAUCAAGGACACUGGCUUCCACGGAGAUACCAAUGGCUUGACAAAAGCACUUACUCGCGCAUUAGCAGUCCCAAUUUUGUUGCCGGUGGCUCCUCGCAUCGCCCUGGUUGGAUUGACACUGUGUCAACCUUUGCUUAUUGAUGCUAUUUUGAACUUUCUCGAGGAGCCCAACACCUACUUGACUACCAAUAAGGGUUACGGUUUAAUCGGUGCUACCAUACUGGUCUACACAGGAAUGCCAAUUGCUACUGCUCUUUACUGGUAUCUACAUGAACGAGCCUUGUUUAUGACACGAGCACUUUUGGUUUCUGCGAUAUAUAACAAGACGAUUAAGGCACAGAUUUCGGCUGCAGAUGACUCGGCGGCUGUUACGCUUAUGAGCGUCGAUGUCGAAAGAAUUAGGAUGGGUCUCAUGCAGCUUCACGAGUUCUGGGCAAACCCCGUCCAGGUAGCUAUUGUGUGCUGGCUACUCCAGCGCCAGCUUGGCGCAGCGUUUGUGGCUCCCAUGGUGGUCGUCCUUAUUUGCAUCGUUUCCUCAAGUAUUCUAAUGCAUUUCAUUGGCCCAAGACAAAUGGCUUGGAUGAAAGGGAUUCAAAAGCGGAUCGGUCAUACAGCGAAUGUCAUUGGGAAUAUGAAGCAUUUAAAGAUAUCCGGGCUCACCGCACCUGUUGAAGAUUCAAUCCAAAAGCUGCGUCUUGAAGAGUUAAAGGCCGGGGGCAAGUUUCGUGCUUUUCUGGUGGGCUCUGUCGGAAUUGGUUUCACACCAGUUCUCCUGGGCCCUGUCUUUGCAUUUGCUCUCACAUCUCGAGAAGUGGAUGUUACGACUAUUUUUACUUCACUCUCCUAUCUCCAGCUUCUCUCAGGGCCACUAUCACAGCUAUUCCAAGUUGUUCCCCAGCUGCUUGCGGCAUUCUCAUGCCUAUCACGAGUACAGCUGUUCCUCGAGAAAGAACCUAGGCACGACUGUCGCCAGAUUGUGAGAACAGAUACAUCUGAGAAAGAGCAUUCGAGUGAGAACUUGCCAUCGAUUGUAGAAAUCAAGGACGCAGACUUUGGGUGGGAAAAGGAUACCUUGACUCUGAAGAACAUCAAUAUUUCCAUGUCCCAGGGCUUGAAUAUGAUUAUUGGCCCGGUUGCCUCUGGGAAGUCGACAUUCUGCAAAGCAUUACUUGGAGAAACUCCGAUUGCGCGUGGAGAAAUCUUCAUACGAACAAAAUAUCACAGGGUUGGAUAUUGCGAUCAAGUUCCCUUUCUUCCUAACGAAAGUAUUAUGGACACUAUCAUAGGCUUCUCAACCUUUGAUGAGAAAAGAUAUGCCAACGUUAUUGAAGCAACACUGCUCGCCCAGGACCUACCCCUUCUUCCUAAAGGAGAUCAAACCAUGAUCGGCAGUGAUGGACUCGCCCUUAGUGGUGGGCAGAAACAGCGAAUCUCACUUGCUAGAGCGUUGUAUCUGCAAUGCGAUUUGCUUAUUCUCGAUGAUGCACUUGGAGGACUGGAUGCAACCACAGAAGAACACAUUUUCAAUAAUGUUUUUGGUCCUUCAGGAAUCCUCAAGCAAAGAGAGACAGUCGUGAUACUUUGCACAAACGCUAUCCGGCAUCUUCCAUCAGCCGACUAUAUUGUUGCACUAGGAACUGACGGCACCGUCGUGGAGCAAGGUCGUUUUGAGGAUCUUGUUGCGAAUCACGGAUAUGUCCAUAGCCUCGGAUUCCAGGCUGACGACAACAGUAUAUCUCAUCCAACAACAACACCCAGGAUACCCCAGUCUGAUAUUGAGAUUCAAAUGGAGUCUAUUCAAGCUAGCACUACUGAAAGUGAAGUAUCCAUUGCUGAAACCAAUGGUAGCAAAUCGAGCAGAAACCUGGGUGACUUUUCCGUCUUCGCAUACUACUGCCGUAGCAUUGGUGCUUUUUGGCUCACCAGCUUCGUCUUGAUUGGUAUUCUUUGUGGAUUUCUUUCUAACUUCCCUGCAAUCUGGUUAAGUUAUUGGAGUACCGAUUCUUUCAAUCGAUCGAAGUCUUUCUACAUUGGUAUAUACGGUCUUUUCCAAUGUCUGGCCUUAGCUACAAUACUUAGCGAGGCGGCCAUCGGCAUGCUAUUGAUUAUUCGCAACUCUGGAUCACGUCUACACGAGAAAGCUCUGCGAACAGUUAUUUCUGCACCGCUGAGUUUCUUCUCUCAGACAGACACGGGCACAAUCACCAACCUUUUCUCCCAGGAUAUGACAUUUAUUGAUGGGGAGCUUCCACAGGCUUUGAUCAACACGUCCCUACAAACAUGGAUCGCAGUAGGAGGAGCAGCAGUAGUUGCAACAUCAUCUCCUUAUAUUGUUAUCACAUAUCCCUUCAUUCUAUCAAUUCUUUACGGAGUCCAGAGAUUCUAUCUUCGCACAUCUCGCCAGCUUCGGCUCUUGGAUCUAGAGGCAAAGAGCCCGCUCUAUACACACUUUUUGGAUACGAUCAAAGGCGCAGCCACUCUGCGAGCUUUUGGUUGGAUAGAGAACUCCGUCUCUGUAAACAAUGACCAUUUAGAUACCUCGCAACGCCCUGCCUAUCAGUUGAGCAUGAUACAGCGAUGGCUGGCAUUCGUACUCGACAUGAUCGUAGCGAUUAUUGCAUUGCUAGUGGUCACUCUUAUUACCCAACUUCGUCCCAGCACUGGUUUUACUGGUGCGAGUUUGGUGUCAAUUAUGACACUUGGCAAAACUUUGGCUAGUCUGGUGCAGAUGUACACGUUGCUGGAGACUUCAAUUGGGGCUGUCUCCCGCUUGAAGUCUUUUAGUGACAAGACUGUUCCGGAAGAUCUACCUGGCGAGACUAACCAGCCCCCCACUACAUGGCCAUUACGUGGUAGGAUCGAAGUCAAAAAUAUGUCUGCAGCAUACGGUGGUGCAGAGUCAACCGGGAACUCGGACACUCUUGCACUUCGAGACCUCACAUUCACGAUUGAAGCGGGGCAGAAAGUAGCAAUAUGCGGAAGAACAGGAAGUGGUAAAUCCUCCAUCAUUCUCCUCCUGCUACGCCUUUUAGACCCACUUGCUUCAUGCACCGGCGAGCUCACCAUUGACGAUGUUUCACUCCUGACGAUUGACCGCUCUACAUUGCGCCGGCGCAUUAUCGCAGUACCCCAGGAUUCAACAUUGUUCCCCGACGGCACUUCCUUCCGAAAAAAUCUCGAUCCAUUCGACACCGCGAACGAGGAGGAGUGCCAGGCGGUGCUCGAGAUGGCAGGUUUAUGGUCCUUGGUGUCUGAUCGUGGGGGUCUCAUGACCGGGCUAAGUGCCGAUGGGCUUAGCCAUGGCCAGAAGCAGUUGUUUAGUCUGGCAAGAGCGGUCCUACGCCGGCGAGUUCGGGCCCACUGUCUAGAUGCCGAGAUCGGGGAUGCUUACAUCAAGUCGCUUCCUUCCGCAACUCAGGUACCAGGUGAUACUGGUAUCAUUAUUCUUGACGAGGUCAACCGUGGUGUAGAUAUCGAGACACAGAACACCAUGCAGGACAUUAUAAGGUGCGAAUUUGCAGGAUACACUGUUGUUAUGGUCAGCCAUGGACUCGACAUGGUUAUGGAUUUUGACAAGGUUUUGGUUAUGGACGAAGGCAAGCUUGUGGAAGAGGGCUCGCCGAUGAAAUUGAGUAAGGAGGUAGGGAGUCGGUUUAGAGACCUAUGGAUGGUCGGAAAGCAUGAAAUCUCGACAUCCAAGUAG